CGGGCUAGUUCAAAUAUCUUGGAUCAAGUUUGUUCGUAUUUUCAAGCUGGGGCCUACGAAAAUACCUUGAAAAUCCGAAAUAUUGAGAGAGUCGACAUGAAUUAAUGCAAAAUAAUUAACUAACUUGUUUCGUGAGGUAACUAUCGCGCAACUUUCUAAAGCAUUAAAAAGAAAACCUUUAAAGUUAUAAAAGGAAGAAAGAAACAAUUAAACCCUGCAGUUUUGAUUUAUUUUCGGUAGAAAUAAACUAGACCAUCUAAAAUGAAUAUUUUGAUAUUUUUGGCUGCAUUCGGUGUAUGUGUAUUGGCCAGACCUGAAAGAGAAACCGCUCCGAAGAACUAUAUCCCUAAUGAAUAUGAAAAACAACAAAAUAUGGCUGCAAGAUACAAAUACUCUUCUAAUAUUGAUGACCAUAUCAGCGAUUUGACCCAUCAACAUGAAGAAGAAAGGGAAGGAUUGGCUGUCAAAGGAAUGUACUCGUACAGCGAUGGAUUCUACAAAAGAAACGUGCAAUAUGUAGCUGAUGAAAAUGGCUACAGAGUUAUUGGGGAAUCAGCAGUACCCCUCGACGGACCUCACAUUGAUUUGAGUGGUACUGCCUCAGUACAAUCUGCCGCCCACGGUUCCCGCCUAGCUUACAAACAGAACAAUGCUCUACAAGAUAAUAUCGAAUAUAUCAGACUAUUUGAACACCGAAGUCUGGAACCCCAACAAGUUGCAACACCAAAAGACGACCUUCAGGGUGACCCUGCUGAGUUGAGAGAGUUAUUUAAAGAAUUUUUGCUUCAAUACAAGAAAAAUUCCGAAGGCCAAAAAACUGAAGAAAAACCUUCUACCACAACAACUACACAAGUGCCAGUCCUCCCAGUUUUAAAUCUUGAACAGGAAUCUGAACCUUCUACCACAACAACUACACAAGCUUCCAUGCCCAUCUUCCCAGUUGUAAAUCUCAAACAAGAAUCUGUCAAUGUUCAACCAACUCAAAAACGGCGCUUAACUCUCAAAAGAAAAACUGCCAAACCUGACACCAAUAGAAAUAAUUUAGCUAGCUCCAAACCUGUUUCUACUUCAUUGAGCCACAUUACUGAACCAGCACCGAGAAUUGAGAGGCAAAAACAAACCACAACGAGCACUCUAAUUGUAGUCGAAGAAGAACGAAGAGAAAUACUUCAUCAUAAUACUGCUCCGCAAAUUGUAUUCAAACCAGCACCAGUAAUUUCCCAAGAAAUCGACGAAGUCGAAUCUAGAAAACAAGCAGAAGAUGCAAAAUAUCAAUUUGCAAGUGCCGUUGAUGAUGGGAUUAGUGGUAAUUUGCUUCAGAGGGAAGAAGUUAGAGAUGGUUUGGCUGUAAGAGGUAAAUACAGCUUCAGCGAUGGGUAUUUCAAGAGGACGGUGCAUUAUGAGGCUGAUGAUAGAGGAUAUAGAGUUAUCAAGGAAGAAGUUGACACCCUUGACGGUCCUCACACCAACCCAAAUGGUCGCGCCAAAGUAAGUUCCUACCUGGAUGGUAAUUCGGCCAAUUACGAAAUCACUAAAGACGACAUUAGAAAGAAAGAUGAGAAGCUAACAUUUUCUACUGUGUUUGAUAAAAACUAA